UCUUCUCCGAGGCAAAAAAUCAAAACGACAGACAGCUCGUGUAAUUUCCUGCCCGAGUUCUCUCUAGUAAAUUUAGAAGAGACUAUAAAAGUUACUUCCGACGAUGGUAGACAAAUUUCAAACGACUGCGGUUUCAUUCUAGUCUCUCUCGCGCCCCCAUUUCCUGCAAAUCUCACAAAACGGCAUACAAAGUAAAAGGGCUACCAAUUGUCUAUCUGCCCGAUUAAACAUUUUUUUUUUUUUGAUGAAAUUCAGGGGAAUUUAGUUUCAACUGGUUUUAAGAGUGAUCGUUUUAAGCUUGAAGAAGAAUGGGGCAAAGUUCAAAGAAGAAGAAGAAGAGGAGUGGAGUGGGGCGGCGCAACAAGGGAAGAACUUCAUCCAAAGAUCACAAUUCGAUUGGUGAAGAUAAUUCUGAAUUGGUGGCGGAAGAGCUCACUGCAUUGUGUGCCAUAUUUCAAGAAGAUUGUGAAGUUGUUUCAAAGUCACCUUCACAGAUUCAUAUCAAGCUCAGGCCAUACUCUAAGGAUGCUGGCUAUGAAGAUUCAGAUGUGUCGGCUCUUCUUUCAGUGAGGUUUUUGCCAGGGUAUCCGUACAAGUCCCCAAAGCUCCAGAUAAUACCAGAAAAAGGUUUAUCCAAAGCUGAUGCUAGCAACCUUUUAUCUUUGCUUUAUGAUCAGGCCAGUUCUAAUGCUCGAGAAGGGCGUGUAAUGAUCUACAAUUUGGUUGAAGCUGCUCAAGAAUUCUUGUCUGAAAUUGUCCCACAGGAGCGUCUGCAUGGAUCUGUUUCAUGCCAGACGGCAGAUAUUACCAGCCAAUUGACGUAUAAGGAUGCGACAGUUUCAUCCGGUGAUACCUGUUUUUUUGGUGGACCAUUUGUAUAUGGCUUUGUCGAUCUUUUUAGUGGCUCAGGUGAGUCGUGGCAUUGGAGCCUGGGAAUAAAUGACAAUGGUCAGAUAGACUCUUUGGUGGAGUCCCAUGUAUCAGCAGAUCUCAACCAUGAAUAUGACAAUCAGCCGAAGAAAAUUGACCAAAUUGUGAAGCCAGCAUUGAAACAAGCAGCUAAGCAAGAAUCUUUGCGUAAAGCUGAAAUGAAAUUAGAUGCUCUUGAAGAAGAGAGUGAAGACGAAAGUAAAUGUUGUAGUGAUUUGGGUAAAAGUUAUACGGAUGAAUCAAUCGAAGAUCAUGUCAUGUGCAAGAAUAUUUUUCUGGAAGGGAAUCUAUCAGACUGUGGUGAUGCUCAGCGGGAACCUGAACCUGAACCUUCAGAACUAGUGGCCUCUGGAUCUCUGGUUCAUGACCAUUUACCCAACACCCUAGAAAAAGACCUCAUUCUGGCUCACUUGCUUCGGCUUGCCUGUGGCCCUAAAGGACCACUAUCUGAUGCUUUGCCAGAAAUAACAUCAGAGCUCUUUGACCUUGGUAUUGUCUCCAAACGUGUACAAGAUCUGGCAACCAAACCUUCAAUCUUUGAUGGGACUUUUGAUAGUGUUUUUCAAUCAUAUAAGGUGUCAUCAAAGCUGUCACAAUUCUGGAAAGCUUCAUCUGCAUUCGAAGGACAGAAUUCUUCACCUCCUCAAAACUCUCGAUAUUUAAAUGACUUUGAGGAGCUCCAACCCCUUGUUAAAGGUGAUUCGAGAAAAGAUGGAAUAGGAAUAUGUGUUUCCAGAACGAACAAGAUACGGGUUGAACAGGGGGAGUUAGCAAAGUUAGACAAGGUUGGAAUGGGCAUAGGAGCAUGUAUUGAUGUACUAGAUCGGCUAAUGCUCCCAGGUCAGGGUGGGUUUGGUCACGUUGUGCUGUGCAAGAAUAAGCUUGAUGGGAGGCAAUAUGCCAUGAAGAAGAUUCGAUUAAAGGACAAGAUUCUGCCUUUAAAUGACCGUAUAGUGAGGGAAGUUGCCACACUUUCCCGGUUGCAGCACCAACACAUUGUUCGUUAUUACCAGGCAUGGUUUGAAACAGGCAUCACUGUCUCUUGCAAUGAUUCCAGCUGCGGUUCCAAAACAGUAGUGAGCUCUAGUUUCACAUAUGUGGAUGGGAGUGUGUCGGACCAUCUUGGACAGGAGAAUAAACUUGAAUCGACUUACCUAUAUAUCCAAAUGGAAUACUGCCCAAGGACGCUCCGUCAAAUGUUUGAAUCAUAUAGUCAUUUAGACAAGGAACUUGCAUGGCAUUUGUUCCGACAAAUUGUAGAAGGCUUGACACAUAUCCAUGGACAAGGCAUUAUUCAUCGGGACUUGACACCUAAUAAUAUAUUUUUUGACGCUCGCAACGACAUUAAAAUCGGGGAUUUUGGUCUUGCCAAAUUCUUAAAACUAGAGCAGCUGGACCAGGAUGUGGAUGCUUCCGAGAUGAUAGGAGUUUCUGUUGAUGGCACUGGCCAAGUUGGUACAUAUUUCUAUACUGCACCUGAAAUAGAGCAAAUGUGGCCAAAGAUUAAUGAGAAGGCUGAUAUGUACAGUUUAGGAGUUGUUUUCUUUGAGUUGUGGCAUCCUUUCGACACUGCAAUGGAGCGACAUAUCGUUCUUUCUGAUUUAAAACAAAAAGGAGAGGUUCCUCCUGCUUGGGCUGCCGAGUUUCCAGAGCAGGCAUCCUUGUUAAGGCGCUUAAUGUCCCCAAGUCCAUCAGACCGUCCGUCAGCCGUCGAACUUCUUCAAAAUGCCUUUCCUCCUCGAAUGGAGUAUGAGAUGUUGGAUAAUAUUCUUAGGACAAUUCACGCUUCAGAUGACACUGGUGUUUAUGAUAAAAUUGUAAAUGCCAUUUUCAAUGAAGACACUUUAAACUCAAAAGGCCAUAACACAAAUCUUGAAAGUUCAAAGGUGGCUGGAAGGGAUAACCCAUGUAUUCUGUUCACUGAUCUACAGACCGAGAGUCGUGAUCAUAUCGUCGAGAUUGCCAAAGAAGUUUUCAGAAGACAUUGUGCAAAGCAUUUGGAGAUUAUACCCGUGCGAAUGCUGGAUGAAUGUCCGCUGCCAAAUAGUCGAGAAAGGAACGCUGUUAAGCUUUUGACUCAUGGAGGAGACAUGGUUGAGCUUUGCCAUGAACUUCGACUGCCUUUAGUGAAAUGGAUCGUUGCCAAUCGGAGAUCAUUCUUUAAACGCUACGAAAUAGCAUACGUAUACAGGCAAGCGAUUGGUCAUUCACCCCCAAACCGAUAUCUGCAGGGGGAUUUUGAUAUUAUUGGAGGGGAAACGGCUCUAACUGAAGCAGAGAUAAUUAAGGCCACGAUGGACAUUAUCCUUCAUUACUUUCAAUCUAAAUCAUGUGAUAUUCAUUUGAAUCAUGCGGAUCUUUUGGAUGCAAUUUGGACUUGGGCGGGAAUCAGACCAGAACACAGACAAAAAGUUGCAGAGCUUCUUUCCCUUUUGGGUUCUUUGCGCCCUCAAUCUUCUGAAAGAAAGACGAAAUGGGUGGUCAUCAGGCGACAACUUCGACAGGAACUUAAUCUUGCAGAAACUGCUGUAAAUAGAUUACAAACUGUGGGGUUGAGGUUCUGUGGAGUUGCAGACCAGGCUCUUCCUCGAUUAAGGGGAGCUCUUCCUCCUGAUAAAACCACGCGUAAGGCGCUUGAUGAUUUGUCGGAACUUUUUAACUACCUAAGAGUUUGGAGACUUGAUCAACGUGUCUAUGUAGAUGCCCUUAUGCCACCAACUGAGAGUUACCACAGGAACUUGUUUUUCCAGAUAUAUUUAAGAAAAGAUGACAAUCCUGGAUCACUAAUGGAAGGAACAUUGCUUGCAGUAGGUGGUCGAUAUGACUACCUGCUCCACCAAAGUGGAGAUUUGGAAUAUAAAUCAAAUCCUCCAGGAGCUGCAGGGAGCAGUCUUGCCUUAGAGACGAUUUUGCAACAUGCUUCUUUAGAUAUCAGACCUCACCGAUAUGAUGUUGUCACGAAUGUUCUUGUUUGUUCAAGAGGAGGUGGUGGUCUGCUAAUAGAGCGGAUGGAACUUUUGGCAGAGCUUUGGGAAGAAAAUAUCAGGGCGGAAUUUGUUCCUCUAUGUGAUCCAAGCCUUACAGAACAGUAUGAAUAUGCUAAUGAGCAUGACAUCAAAUGCCUUGUCAUCAUCACUGACACUGGUGUAUCCCAAAAGGAUUCAGUGAAGGUCCGACAUCUUGAGCUCAAGAAGGAAAAAGAAGUGGAGAGAGGAAACCUCGUCAAGUUUCUAUUAGAGGCCAUGUUAUCUCAGUUUAGAAACCCAUCCAUAUGGAACUAGAGAGGCAGUUAGGCUGAACUGCUCUAUGCCUGAGCAUACUGCAGAUCUUCUAAGUUGUUGGAUUAGAAGAGGAGGAAUCAAGAUAAAAAGAUAUGGUGGAAAACAGUACCUGUCUGCAUUUGGUGGAACAUUUGAAAGGAAAGAAAUGAAAGAAAUUUUGAAGACAAGGAGCGUACAAUACAGAAGAUCAAGGGGAAAGUUAUCAUCACUUUAUGAUUUUGAAUUUUGGUGUAAAGUGCAAUGUAUAGAAUAGGAAGCCCACUUAGUGGACUUUAUAGGACUUCCGUACGUACUUUCAGCAAGUGUAAUUUUUUGUGAAAUACAAAGUUACCAGUUUCAAAAAAAAAUAAAAAAAAUACAAAGACUGUUAUA